GUAUAAAACCGCAACCAGGCACAGCCAAGAGCUGGAGCCUUGAUGAGUUCCCUGGUAGCCAUCAACCAGCACCGACCCAUGCCUGUUACAAACGGUGUCACCCCUGGGAACCAGCGAGAAGCAAAAAAGGCGCCAGGUGGGUACAUGAACCACGUGACCACCGACAGGUACGUGGCCAAUGGCGACCUCGAUGAUGACAUCAAUAACCCCAUCCAGCUGAAACCGCUUCCUCGUCUUCCGGUGCCUCCACUGCACAACACCUUGGCGGCAUACCUGCAGUCACUAAGGGCAACGGUUUCCAGGGAACAGUAUGCCAUUACUGAAAGUUUGGUCCGGGAGUUUGGUAGACCAGGAGGGCCGGGGGAGUACCUGCAAAUGAAACUAUUGGAGUAUGCAGAGUCCCAGGCUAAUUGGUCAAACAGAUGGUGGCUGGAUGACAUGUACUUACACAAUCAUGUGUCACUUCCACUCAACUCGAACCCAGGGAUGGUGUUUCCCAAGCAGCACUUCAAAGACGAGGGCCAGCGGCUAAGAUUUGCAGCCAAGCUCAUAUCGGGCAUACUCGACUACAAGGUCAUAAUUGAUGCACGAGCUUUACCAGUCGACAGGGUGCGGCAUCACAAGCCUGGCCAACCACUAUGCAUGGAGCAAUACUACCGAUUAUUCUCGUCCUAUCGAGUGCCAGGCGUGGUCAAAGACAGCCUAGUCUCGCCCUCCAGCAGUGUCAUGCCCGAACCAGAACACAUCAUAGUUGUAUGCAAUAAUCAGUUUUUUGUACUGGACGUCAUCGUUAAUUUCAAGCGAUUAAGUGAACAGGACCUUCUGAGCCAGCUGAAACGAAUCGUGGACUUGGCGCGGGAGGACCCUGCACCCCAUACCGUGGGUUUGCUGACGACAAUGGGGCGGGUAGAGUGGGCUACGGCAAGGAAGAAACUCAUCAAGGCUUCCACGAACCGCGAUUCUCUGGACAUGAUCGAGCGUUGCAUAUUCGUCCUGUGUCUGGACGCCAACAUGGGCCACCCCCCUGCUGAAGUGGGGAAGCCCAUGGAUGCAGACGACGAGCCAUUGGCUCAUCAGAUGCUGCAUGGAGGGGGCACGUCACUCAACAGCGGUAACAGGUGGUUCGAUAAAACUAUGCAGUUUAUAAUUGGAGAUGAUGGAACGUGUGGUCUGAAUUAUGAGCAUUCACCGUCAGAGGGCGUCGCAGUUGUCCAGCUCGUGGAGCAUCUCCUAAGAUACAUCGAUUCGGAGACCCACAAGCGGAAGUUAACGCGAGCCCAGUCGAUAUGUGAGCUGCCCUGCCCACGUGUGUUAAGAUGGAAGCUGUCUCAUGAAACUAUACAAGAUAUAGAGACGGCUAGAGGAGGAAUGGACAGGCUUGUCGAUGACUUUGAUUUGAAACUUCUCCGUUAUACCAAGUUUGGGAAGGGAUUUCCCAAGUCGCAAAACAUGAGCCCAGAUGCGUUCAUCCAGAUAGCUCUACAGUUCACGUACUUUAGGAUCUACGGUCACCUAACAUCUACAUACGAGAGCGCCUCCACGCGGCGGUUUCUGGAGGGCAGAGUCGACAAUAUCCGAGCCGCGACUGUCGAAGCUUUGGAGUUCUCACGCUCCAUGAUCGGAGAUCGUCAAGCUACCGAAUUGGAGAAGAUGGAUCUACUUCGUGCAGCGAUACAACGGCAAACAGAUAUCUGCAUAACAAAUAUAUUAGGACAAGGCUUUGACUGUCAUCUUCUCGGACUCCGCGAACUCUCACGAGAACUCGGAGAGCCAAUGCCCGAGAUUUUCACGGAUGAGGCGUACCGGAUGAGCAACUACUUCAACUUGAGUACGAGUCAGGUCCUGACGAAACUGGAUACUUUUAUGUGUUACGGCGCCGUGGUGCCAGACGGUUAUGGCGCCGCCUACAAUCCCCACGAAGACUACAUUCUCUUCGCAAUAGCGUCGUGGAAGAGAUGCCCCACUACAUCCUCCGAAGUCUUCCGCGACAAACUGUAUAAGAGCCUGAAUGAUAUGCACGCUUUAUGCACACGUAUGUCGCUCAACAACAACCACAUUGUGAAGUAAAUAAAACCAGUAGAGCUUGUCCCAGAGAGCGAAGAAUUAUAUUUAAAGGUAGAAUACAUCAUUCAUGUGUGCAUUAGUUUCGUUUGAAGCAACAAAAAUGCUCAAAUCUAAAUAAAAAGGGUGCUUAACAACUAACCUGAUGAGGUUUCAGCUCCGUGAAUGUUGUAUAUUCCCAGAAACAAUACUAGGGGAUCUCGAUUUUAAUUCAAAAGUUGCCGAGUCAUGUUUUGAAUAGCGCCCGAAAUCAGCGUCCAGGACACGUUCUCAUGCAGCCGAUUGCAGCUCUGCGAUGUCACGCGCUGAACUGACGAUUAAUAGCCUCGCCGAAUUAAAAACGAACAUGGAAAUAAACAAAUGGACUUUCCAAAAAUGCGACUUGAGACGCAUCGUUGGAAAGGUCCUCUUGUACCAUUACCAUCUUCAAGCCAAGUAAGCUUUUCAUCAAUUGUUUCGUCAGUUACUUUUUGGAUAGCUGCAAAUGAUGUAUUCUACCUGUUGUAGAUUCAAAAUGGCUUUUCAUGCGUCUGGUCUACACAAUUUAGUCCAUUAUGUUCGCGUAACGUGGUCAUCCUAUACGAUAGCACUUCCCAGUUCGCUUUACAGGUCUACAACCAAUCCAAGUCACAGGUGUCAGUCAGUCAGUCAGUCAAUUAGUCAUUCAGAUAGGAAUCAAGACUAGCCCUCUGGGACCAGCAAAAACAAAGCCAAAGGUAUCUUAGUGUUUCUCUUCAACUCCUUUAUGAAGAUCGCGACAAUGUAGUUGCAGCCACAUGUUAAUUCUAAUGAGCCACAAGUUAAUUAGUUACCAGCGUUUAUCUCCAUUCAGUUUUAUUUCGAAUUUGAUAUAACUUUAGAGUGAGAUUUGGUUGGGAGACAAUAAAAUGUAAAAGAACCGUUACAUUAUGUUUGUGUUGAAGGCAAAAGCAACUAUCAUAACUCAAAAUCAAUUAUUUCUUAAGAAGUUACAUCUUUACAGAUUUGUUAGCAGCUUAUUUAAGAGUUUGGUUUAAGUUUUCAUUUAAUUAACUUAGUCUGCUAGUUGUAACAACAUUUCGUCUAUUUUCUUAGGCUUAAUUAGACGAGAAAAGCAGCUGACUACGUGUAUGUGUAUACGUUGACAUAAUGAAGAACAUAAUCUUUCGUAUUCAUUUCCCAGCCUUGGUAGAACUUUUAGAAGAAAAAAAAUCAGCGAAAAGUUCUGGUAGGUAACGUGGAAGAAAUGUAAUUGACUGCGUAGAUAAAGGGCGGAUUUUGGAUCAUGUUAAUCCACAGCUUACAAACAAAGUAGUUAUUUAAUCUAAAAAUUGAUAUAUUAGUUUGGUAAGUCCCCAAUCCUAUGUCAAGUUGGCUAAAAACUACACGACUUAGUUUCUGUUCAGCACAGAGAAAAUGAUGUCUUUGUGCAGAAUCUAUCAUAAGUAAUAUCAUACCAUAAUGAAAUCACUAUAAACACAAAACAAAAACAUAUGUAACUGUAGGUACCCCUCUUUGUUCUCACUGAUAUCAUUGAAAAACAGAGCAACUGAAUUCAUCUUAUUGACUGGUUUUUUGGGGGGGAGUGGGGGUGAGUGGUGUCAUGACCGACAUCGGCUAGCAACAGAUCAGUAAUAGUUGUUCUAUGUGCUCACACCAAAAAUAUACGUGUAUGAUUACUAAACAUUUAAAAUUGUUUUCUAAGCCACGAAUACUCUAUUUUACGAGUAAUUCCUUUAAUCUUUCACGUGCAAUAACUGUGAAUAAUGAAUAUCAAAAUUCUCUAUAUAAAGCAGAAAAAAAGUAUUUAUUGUAGCAUACAGAUUUAUGUAUAACCGAAAGAUACGAAUGUAUUGAUAUUAUGUAAUAAUUAUGACACUUUAUUAUAAUUAAAGCUGCAUUUCCAUAGUUUGUUUCAAAUACAAUUGGGAACAGAUGAUAUCACAAUUGCGGGAACACUUUGGUCUGUAGAUGGACAUGGAACUUUAAUCGCAAUAAAUAAUGACUCAAAAUUAAUUGAAA